AUGGCCAGGAGUGCCAGGCCAAGAGGACCGGGGAUGCAGGAAGCAGCGAGGCCAACUCAUCGGGAGUUCCAGCCUCCACCCCCAGCCCAAUGGAAAUGUCGGUGUGGACCACAACAGCAGACGUCAGAAACCAGAAACCGGGACUUUGCUGGUCCGCUGGGGUCUAAUCAUGCUCCACCCGUGGCCUCAGGCACGCGCCGUGGUGAUGAUGCUGUCCUCGCAAAAGACGAUGCUGCGCCGCAAGGCGGCAUUGUUUCGGGGAGGUGCCCUUUGGGCUACGUGUUCCGUGUGCCGUGUGCCGGAAACGAAUCUGACUGGAUGGUGAACGAAGCUGUUCGCUACCUCGCUGUUCUUGACUCCCACCCAUGUCGCCCACCGGUCUUGGCGCUGGGGUUCGGGACUUUGCGUUGCGACGGUGGUGGCGGCUCGGAAAGAUGGGGAACGAUGAUUCUCGUCCUUCGUUACAGGUUGCGGGCUGCGGCUCUCCGUGCUGCUUUGCGCAUGUCCCUUGUAUCUGUGUGA